AUGAGUGUUCUUCAAUGCCCGGACUCUAUUAAUGGACAAGAGCUUCAGAUAUGGAACAAUGCGGCCUUUGACAAUGGUGAAUCUGAAGACUCUGUAGCAAUUAAAGGUUCGUGGUCUGAUUUGCAAUCGGUUUACGUAAAUGAGUCCCUUGAAUCAGAUUGCAGCAAAGAGAAUUUGGAUCCUGGCUUGGCGAAAUCUCCUGUUGUUUCUUCUCUGAAAUCUUCUGUGCUCUUUAAGCCUCUUCAAAUGAAUACUUCCAUCAAGAACUCGCAACCAAAGCCAGUGAAGAGCGUUUCUAAAAUGAUGGGAUCAAAGAAUGGAUGUGAAGAAGAAGAGGAGGAAAAGCGCGAUGAGAGAAAGAUUGAUAUGGAAAUUGAGGAGAUUGAAAAGGAGAUCAGCCGCUUAACAUCAAGACUCCACGUUCUUCGUCUUGAAAAGAUCGAGUUGAAAUCGAAGGCUACAGAAAAGCGUGGAAGAAUAGUGCCGGCAAAAUUCAUGGAGCAGAAACAGAGUUUCACUAAUCUAGAGACCAUGAAAAAGAGUGACGAAAACUUACUUUCAAGCGCUAAAUCAAAGUUUAAUCGAAGAGGAGUCAGUUUAGGGCCGGCUGAGAUUUUCUCUACUGCCAAAUCAAGACAAUCUUUGGGCAAGCCAGACAUUAUCACUCCUGUUCAAUCAAUGCAAAGUCGCCGCAAAUCUUGUUUCUGGAAAUUGCAAGAAAUUGAUGAAUUGAAGGUGACAAAAGAGAGAGGAAAGAGCUCGAGUCUUAGCCCAAAAUCGCGUAAAACGGCAGCGUCCAAAAUUCAUCCUCCAAAACAAGCUAUGACAACCAUAGGAUCUAAAAAGUAUGUGAAGAGAGACGAUGGUGUGCUUUCACUUAUUCAGCCUAAGAAGCUUUUCAGAGAUGGUGAAAAAUCAGCUACAAGUAAGAAGCCUUUGAAACCUGGAAGAAUAGUUGCUAGCCGCUAUAAUAAGAUUACAAAUGGUGAUCGUAAAAGGUCUUUAGAGAAUGACAAAGAGAGUAACACGUGUGAUAAGCGGCGCGUUUCGCGUGAGCAUGUGGUUGAUUUGGGCUCAAAAUCUGAGACUAGAGCAAAGAAGAAAUGGGAAAUUCCGACUGAGGUGGUGGUUUACAAGGGAUCAUCUCCUCCGUCCAUUUCGAAAUUGGGAGAUGAAUUACCGAAGAUCAAGACCGUUCAAUGUGUUGACCAGAGUCCAAGGGAUUCUGGGGCAGCCAAAAGAGUGGCUGAAUUGGCUGGGAGGAAAUCUUACUUCUUUGGUGCUGAUGAGGAAGUGACAGAGGAGGCUACUGUUUGUCAGGCUUUGAGUUUUGAUGAAGAUAGCUUUGGGGAAUUUUAA